GACCCUGUCUUCUGCUGGCCACCUCUGAAUCCUCAGACACAUGGACCCCAGACCGGCGUCUGUGAACCUGGCUGUCCUCCACACCCUUCAGGAGGAGCAGGCCAGGCUGAACAUGAGACUGGAGGAGCUGAAAAGGAAGUGCAAGGACUUCCCCAAGGACAAGGGCCCGUUCCCAAUGCCUGAAAUCCCCCUGGUAUUCCGAGGACACACUCAGCAGGACAAGAAGGUCUCCAAGUCUUUGAUUUCCAACCUGCAGAUCUGCUGCCCUCUGCCUGGAGGCUCUGCCCUGGUCACUUUCGAUGAUCCCAAAGUGGCUGAGCAGGUGCUGCGACAGAAGAUGCAUAAGAUUGACAUGGAAGAGUGUCACCUGAAGGUGCAGGUCCAGCCCGUGGAGCUUCCCAUGGUAACCUCCAUCCAGGUGUGUAACCAGAAGAGCAGCUGCAUGGUACUGGUCAGUGGGUUUCCAGCGGGGCUUAGGCUAAGGGAGGAGGAGCUGCUGGACAAGCUGGAGAUCUUCUUUGGCAAGGCCAGGAACGGGGGCGGGGACGUGGAAACGCGCGAGCUGCUGCAAGGGAGCGCCAUGCUAGGAUUCAUGAAAGAGGAAGUGGCCCAGCGCCUCUGCCAGAUCGGCCAGUUCAGAGUGCCCCUGGGCGGGAAGGAGGUCCGGCUAACGGUCUCUCCCUACAUGAGCGGGAAGAUCCAGGACAUUAAGGUCACCUCCCAGCAAGUUCCUCGCUCGGUGCUCGUGCUCAACAUUCCUGACGUCCUGGACGGGCCAGAGAUGCAUGACCUCCUGGAAAUCCACUUUCAGAAGCCCACUCGUGGGGGUGGGGAGGUGGAGGCUCUGGCCGUGGUGCCCGCGGGACAGCGGGGCCUGGCGGUCUUCACCCUAGAGUCCAGCUAGGGGAGCUCUUCUCAGGACCCCGAACUCCAGCCCUUGGCUGAGGUUCCCAGGCCGCAAGCUUCAUGUUGGCCAGCAGGGGGCAGCCAUUGCAAUGGACCGAAGGCUGCAGAACAGUAAAAUGUGCCUACACAGC